ACAGAAACAGCUAAUGUAAAAUAAUGUUCUGAGAGCAUUACGAGGUUAUAUUUACCUGUGACACAGAAAAGCCAUGUAUUAUAUAUAAUGAAAGCGUAAAUUAGUUAGAUACAAAAUGAAAUUAAUUAGUUAAUUACAGUUACUUAGCAUUCUGAAUAUGUUUAGCUAACUUUGUUUAUAUCAAGCUAGCAAGAUUGGGAUAUAGUUAAACUCGUUAUAAAAGCACAUACACAUUUAAAGAUACAUUCACUUCACACUAAACAGUCUUUAUUACUUAUUUACUCGUAUAUAUGAAUGUAGGGGGUUUAAAACCAUGAAAAGAGAGAGUUUGUAGCUUGCUAACGUUAGGGUCAUGUUUAAAUGAAGUAGCCAUUAUAACAGUGAGGGAAAAUCUCUUUGGUGUCAGUUUUUUGUACAGGAUGAAGCCAGCUCGAGGUUCAUCAAGAGCAUCAACACAGGGUCCUAAAGGCGCAGGUCGAGAUGGGAAAAGAGUACAGCAAAGACGAUUGCCUCACGGUGAGCGUGCACAAGAUAAGUCGAGAAAGAAAGCACCUGCAGAGCCAAGAAAGGUGAGAGGUCAGGAGAAAUGGAAACCAUUGGACAAGUCCUCCAUCAUGUUCCUUGACAACCUGCUGAGUUUGUCAAUACUAUCUGUUCUCCCAAUUAAAAGAAAAGAAAAAGAGGAAACACAGAAGCACCUUAACUCAUUGAAAGACCAGUUCCUGGCUAAAUGUUCUCAACUCCCUGUGCCGCCUCAGAAACACGGAAACUUGAUGCACGUGUCCCAGCAGUUCCACAGAGAGAACCAGAAUGUCAAGCAUGGCAACAAAAAAAUCGAGGAAUUGCAGGAGAGCAGCCAGGCGGUGGUUAGCCAACUGGAGAAGCUGCAGGUAAAGAUGGACCGUUUGGAGCAUGAGUGCAGGAUCAUGAGGAACAAACUGGAGGAAGAAGAGUUAAAUGCACAGAAGUUUAUUCAGCUGACUGAGCAAGCUGUUCUGCGCCUUCCUGCUUUACCACUUUAUCCUGAAGAUGAGCCCACAUUACAGGAGAAGAUCAUGAAAGUAGCGCCCGAUCCCAAAGCUGUCAUGAAGGCUCUUCAGAAAAGGAAGGUAACCAGGAAUGCAAAAGUUUUUUUGGAGUUGGCACAUAAGCAGAUGGAUCACCUGUGACUCACCCUGUAACUCCAGACAAUUGGAUCAGCGAUGUCUAAUUUCUUUUCUUUCUUUUUUUUAAUGAGCAGAAAUUCUAACUGUUUUCUGACUUAAAAGAUUGGCGACUCAGUUAUAAAACGCUAUCCUUGCUUAUUGUUUAUUAUUGUUAAUCAUUAUACAUUUGCAAGGCAUUUAUUUGUUUGACUAGUAUGGUUUAACUAAGCAUGUGUUUUGCUCUGUUUGGUUAAUAAUGGUUCUCAGAUGUGCGUCAAGGAAGUUAAAAAUGAUUCUUAACGAUUGGAUCGUUUCACUGAAAUAAAUUAUGCUAAACAUA